CGUCACUGCCCUCUUUCCGGGUUUCCUCCUCCCAUCCCGCUGAAAUGCAGCUGCGCCAUCCCUCCUUUGUCUGCUGAGGAGAUCGCGACGUCUUGUAGCUGAAAAGACGCCGGCGGUGCUUUGCAAGCUCGACUUAUUAUAUCGGUGCACUCGUUUUCUUUUUUGCAGUUUCGUUUAAGGGUGAAGCUUAGCUAACCGAGCGGGGCUUCGUUCGUUUAACCGACCACGUUCGUGCGUUAUGAGCCAAGCGAAUGCUAAUAAGAGCAACGCAGAGCCCACCAUAGAGUCAAAGCCAGCAGAGAGUAAAAUCAAAAUGGAAGACACUAAGUACCUCCCGGAGCUCUUGGCUGAAAAGGACAGCCUGGAUUCAUCGUUCACGCACGCUAUGAAACUAAUUUCUGCAGAAAUUGAGCGGAUCCAGAAAGGAGAAAUCAAGAAAGAGCCUGAGAAGGAAACCUAUCUGGACCUGUUUGCUACCAAAAAUCUGAAACUCAAAGAGCGAGUCCUUAUUCCCACCAAGCAGUACCCUAGGGUCAACUUUGUCGGAAAGCUCCUGGGACCUCAGGGUAGCACGAUCAAGAGACUCCAAGAGGAAACUGGGGCAAAGAUUUCAGUUCUGGGUAAAGGUUCCAUGAGGGACAAGAACAAGGAGGAAGAACUUAGGAAGGGUGGUGAGGCUAAAUAUGCUCACCUCGCCAUGGAGCUGCAUGUGUUCAUUGAGGUGACUGCACCCAUACCCGAAGCUUACUUGCGCAUGGCUCAUGCCAUGGAGGAGGUCAAGAAGUUCCUUAUUCCGGAACCUGGUGAGCAUGAUCCAUACAUGGAUCCACUCUUCCUCAAUGGAUCCCAGGAUGGUUCAGGCAGGGGGCGAGGUGGUCAUCUAGGAAGGGGCAGAGGUGGACCAUCAGGUGCUGGAGGACCAAGAGGGCGAGGAAUGCCACGUGGGGCUCCUCGAGGAGCAAUGCGCGGCGGGGCUCCACGGGGAGCACCAGGAAGAGGCGGUGCUCCCAGAGGUGCUCCAUCUGGUAGGGGUGGACCACCUGCUGCUCCAGCUAGAGGAGGCUCGGCUCCCCGCUCCAGACCACCUUCAGCAGGGGCUCCCAGGAUGCUCCCCUCCGCAGCGUUGUCUCACCAGCAACACCAGGUUCCACCCUCAGCAUCAGGGUCCAAGCCUGAUGCUUAUGAGGAUUAUCCUGCCUAUGAUGACUCAUAUGCAGAACCUGCCUAUGAGGGAUAUGAUAGUUAUUAUAGCCAGCCAUCUGCACCUGCGGAUACAGAGUAUUACGAUUAUGGACAUGGUGAAGCACAAGAUCCAUCAUAUGAGGGUGGUUAUGCACAAGAUGAUUGGGACAACUCAUGGGCCGGGGCUGGAGGCAAAGCCCCUCCAACUAGGCAGACGAAGGGAUCGUACAGAGAGCAUCCUUAUGGAAGAUACUGAACAGCUACUGGUAGAGAGUUGCAAUGGCAACUGUCUCCGAUUGUAACUCGCUUAACUUUUCAAAAGUAAUUUCCCUCUCGUUUCCUUUUUUCCACUUUUUUUUUAUGGUUUAUUUUAUUUUUUUAAACUCAGACAUUUUGUUGGAUGUAUCAUAGUGCCAGAGGAGAAACAUGAGAUUUUUUUUUUUUUUCUCCAUUGUUUAUCUGUUUUUAAUGUUUGGUUCAGUUGCGUAGUUGAGGUCUUAGUGACUUAAACCUAACAAAGGAAUAAGAGUGACUUUUUUUUCUUAGUGACAUUUGAUGGUUAAUAUUUUUGUUAAUGGUUCCUGCACAAACUGUGAUUGUGGCGAUUAAUUCUUCUCACAUAGGCUGCAUUUUUAAAAGUCCUUCACGACUGGACAAAAAUUAUUCAUAAUGACUCAAUUUGUAAAUUUACUAUAAUUUAAACACAUUUAGUAGCAAACUCAAAUAUAGAUCUGAGCUGUUUUGACUAAAACAAAGUCUUAUUUGUUUAUAUUACAUUAUAAAUCUCGUCUUGAGUUUACUGCAAAAAAAAGGAGGGGGAAAAAAAAAAAAUCAGUAAUCCAUUUGACAAAGAAUAAAGGCCUUUAUUUUCCACCACCCUUUUACAAUUGGUAUUUUAUGAAAACUCGCUCUAUUACUUGCAAAAUAAUUACUGAUGAUCGACUAAUUCUUGUAAAGUUUGAAGGAUUAAUAACCCUUACUGUGUGUAAGGAAGGCUGCAGCCAACUCAGAUCUUUUGUAUAUAACCUUAGGACAACUGUGUAUGCUUAAGUCGUGCCGUCUCCAAAAUGCUCAAUGCUUGUGUACCUUUUGACUAAAUAGGUUACUAAACAUAUCCCAAAAAUGUCUUUCUGCAGUGCGUGUUUCAAUAAAGUUUCUAGUUUCUUUUUAAUCGAC